GAUUAUGCAAAUUGCAUACAGCUAGCUCUCAUAUAUCCUUGUUUACCAUCAGACACUUUUCCUUUCUUGCCUAAUUUCUUUCAUGGCCACCACCCAGAUCCCACCUAAAAACUCAGCUUUCAAGCCUUACAACAAAUCACCGACUGUAGAAAGUGAAUUAUCAAAUAAGAGAGACUCUUCGGGCUGUCUUAAGAUUGAAGAUAGAGAGAAUGGCAAUGAUACAAGGGAGAAACCAAGGAAUUUGGAGAAUGAAAAGAACAAGAGGCAGGUGAUCAAGAACAUGGACAAUAAUGGCAAUAACACAGCAUCCGAAGCUCCAUUGAGCAUCGGUUCAUUAUCAUCAUUAUCAUCCUCAUCAUCCUCAACACUCUCUCCCUAUAGCAUUCAAGCUCAGAACCUAAUGAGCAGUCCCAUACUUUCAAGCACAAUCUUAAGUAACACAGUUGCACCAAGGGGAGAAGAAUUCUUGUUCGAGAAGAUGUUGUACCAAAGUGACGUGAACAAUCUCAAUAGGCUUAUCAUCCCAAGAAAGUUUGCAGAAACAUACUUUCCUUGCCUGAAGAUUUCCAAAUACAACUACAAGAAGGAGAACCUUGUGUUCUUGGAUCACCAAAACAUUGCAUGGAAUAUGAUAUUCGAGUUCUGGGAAUCUAGCCGAAGUUAUGUACUCACUAAGGGGUGGAGGGCGUUUGUCAACCAGUACCAACUACGACCAAACUUUAUGGUUCGUUUCUACCAGCCUAAUAAGUACCUGGCUAAGAAGCACUAUGGCAUAGAAUAUGUCGUCCGGGUACCAAUUAAGACGAUUAGAUUGUUUGGCCAAGAUUGCCAUUACUUGUGCCUUGAUGAGAUCAAUGGUGGUGGUGGUGGCUACGGAAACAAUGGCGACAAUGCCAGUAGCAGCAAUAGCAGCAGUGGCCAGAAUAAGAUUAUUGGGCAAGGGCAGGCAGAAGGGGCAGCCAUGGAAAAAGGCAAAGGUCUUUGAUCCUUCUUUCUGGUUUCCUCCUUUUUGGUGAAAAUUAGGGUUACUUAAGUAUGAAGUGCGCAAAGGGAAGUGCAUAAGCUUGAUACACAAUACACCGAACAAUGUCUUUUUAAGUUAGGGUAGGGUUUAAUAUGAGUUUUAGACUUUAGUCAUUUAUAUUUGAUGGUUGUGGUUUGACUUAAUAGUUUUUAUAUAAGAGGGUGGCUGUAGUAAACCCAACUUCUGGGAAACAAGUGGGUCGAAUAAGGGUUGGAUUUCUGCUUGGAUUAACCUUUGAUUUGGAUAUGUUUGAUUCUAUUGAUUCAGCCAACAUAAUUGGUUUAUUCAAUUACUGAACUUUUUUCAGCA